UACAGGAAUCGUCUUGUUUGUGUCCCCCGAGGUGAUGGGACGGUUUAGUAUUCACAUUCCUCUGCAUUGCUUAAAGCCUCUCAAGAAAAAAGCAGAACCGCAAGGCAGAGUCGGUCUCCAGAAGUUUUGAGACAGACUGACUGACGACUGCUACUUCUGUCCUCAUCUCCCAAAGGAGGAUUGUUUCUUUCACUGCUAGUAGCUCUAUAGCUGGGUAGAUAUCCUCUCAACAUGAAGGCACUUGAAAUGUUCAUUCUGGCAGAAAUUGUGGGCUCCUUUCGUGCUUUUGCGAGACCUGCCGCAAUCCAUUGCAACUGGAAUCCGUAUGGUCCUUGGUCAGAAUGUGACGGCUGCAAUAAGACCCAGAUUCGCAGACGAACAAUAGCAACGUUUGGACAGUUCGGGGGGUAUCCGUGUUCCGGGGAGUCAUUCGAAUCCCGUACCUGCACUCCUACGAGAGGCUGCCCAACAGAGGAUGGCUGUGGCGAUCGUUUUAGAUGUGCUUCAGGGCUGUGCAUAAGCAGGUCGUUGGUGUGCAAUGGAGAUUAUGACUGUGAGGAAGACAGGUCCGAUGAAGACCGAUGUGAGGUAACCAAGGUGGUUUGUGACACCAAUAAGCUACCUCCUAAUGUGGAACUGACAGGUGCAGGUUUUGAUGCCCUUACAGGUAAAACCAAAGGAAGAGUCAUCCAUACGAAAAGUUUUGGUGGCCAGUGCCGAAAGGUGUUUAAUGUUGACCAGAGAGACUAUUAUCGCCAGAGUGUCAGUGUCCUUUCUUACACAUUCCAGGUGCAGAUUCAGAAUGAUUUUCAUACUGAGUUUUAUGACAGUAGCUGGUCUUAUAUGAAGCACAAUGUGAACCAGGGAUUUGGAAGCUCAAGCAAUUACUUUAAAACCAACACAAAUUCUGCAGGCGAGUCACAGAGUGAGCGCCUUAUGGUUUUGGAAAACAGUGUGGAAGUUGCCCAGUUCAUCAAUAAUCAGCCAGAAUUUCUAACGCUUGCGGAGGACUUCUGGAAAGAGCUCGCCAAUCUCCCCGCAUUCUAUGAAUACAAUGCAUACCGAAAAUUAAUUGACCGUUUUGGAACACACUUCUUUCACUCUGGAUCUUUAGGAGGACUAUAUAAAGCUCUGCUUCAUAUAGGUACAGAUGACAUGAAAGCAAAAGCUCUGAGCAUGAGUGACAUGCAUCGAUGCGUUUCAUCAUCCCUAAAUAUCCUUUUUAUGAUCGAGAAAAUAUCCAUCGAAUGCAACAAACUGGAAUCCCUGUUACGGCAAUCGUCAGGUGACAGCAACAAGAAGAUUAAACUGAAUCUUGUGGUUGAGGGGGGAAGUGCAGCAGCUAUACAGGCCCUGUACUCCUUGGACUUUGGGGAUCCGGCUGGAAACAGUGAACAGUAUUCCUCAUGGGCUAGAUCAGUGAUCGAUUAUCCCAGAGUCAUCAAGCAAAAAAUCAAACCAUUAUACGAGUUGGUAAAAGAAGUCCCUUGUGCCUCAGUCAAAAGACACUACUUGAAACAAGCCAUUGAAGAGUACAUGUCUGAGAGUGAUCCCUGCAGAUGUCAUCCGUGCCAAAAUGGUGGCCAGCCGGUCAUUGUAGAGACUCAGUGCCUAUGUGUCUGCAAGCCAGAUACUUUUGGAGUAGCCUGCGAACUGGGAACUCUUGUCAAAGACCAGCCAGGAGUCAUUGAUGGUGGUUGGAGCUGCUGGUCUUCUUGGAGCUCUUGUGCAGGAGGGAGGAAAUCAAGAAGUAGAAGCUGUAAUAAUCCAAAUCCCAGUGGUGGCGGAAGGUCUUGCAUUGGAGAAGCGACUGAAAACCGUCAGUGUGAGGAUGAGGAGUUGCAGCAUUUUCGUUCAAUAGAACCCCACUGCUUCGAUAUGUCUGGGCUUGGUACAGAAUCCUGCCCGCCGCCUCCUCCCUUGGAAAAUGGGUAUGUUCAGGAUACAGAUUCAUCUUAUCCUGUAGGUAAAAGCAUCAUCUACACAUGCAAUGAUGGAUAUGCAAUUGUAGGAAAUUCUGUUGCUACAUGUGGUGAAGGCUUCCAAUGGAUCAUUGGACAAAUGGAAUGCCAGAAAACGGCUUGUAUAUUACCUGUGUUAGAAGGAGGAAUGAGAAGAGACCCGGCGAAACGUUGGUAUGAAAUUGGUGAGAAAGUGAGACUGUCAUGCCCAGGUGGCAUGCAGCUGGAGGGGCAAAGUCAUCUCUUGUGCCAGCCUAGCCUGAAGUGGUCUCCUGACAUCGACAAUAUCCGGUGCAGGAGAAGAGUGCCCAGCGUGAACCAGCCGAGCCUGAGUCCCAGAGAACCAGUGGAGCCUGAAUGCCAACCAUGGGAGAAAGUUCAGCAGACAAGCUGUGUGUGCAAGUUCCCCAGGGAGUGUGGGCCUUCCCUGGACGUCUGUGCAACAAGUGCCAGAACCAAGAGAGCUACAUGGCUAACUGUUUGUCAGCUGCAUGCUCUGGAGUGCGUGGGAAGACUGUAUACCUUGGUCAGCAAGGAAAACUGCAUAACGGCCAAUGCGGCCGAGAGACCUUGUGGCUCGUGCCACUUGUGGGAAACGUGUGACGAUUCCACCAACAAAUGCACGUGCAGACAAGAUGGGGCCUGCAGCAGCGAUGGAAUAAGCAUCUGUGUGCAACUGGAUGGCAGUGCUGCCCAGCAGACGAUGACGGAAUGCGAGGCCGGCCUCCUCAGGUGCCGUGGGAGUCACUUCACCAUUGUCAGCAUAAGACCCUGUGCCGCUCAGAGGUCCUAACAGAGUUUUUUUUUUAAUGGCACUGAGAUAACCCAGUUGCAUCAGUAGCGGGCAGCAGUCGCAGCCUUCUGUGCAGCAAAGAGGGCCAGUGGGGGUGGGUGGGAAUGAUUAUUAAACCAAACAGAAUGCCCAUCGAAAGGCAAAUUAUGUGAGGAGGGAAGUCCGGCCCCCGGAGGUUCAAAUGAAGCCCCUCACCCCCAGAAUGCCGUCAGAGGGGCCAGGCCACCUAGCAUCUAGGGUGCAAGGGAGGUUUCACCCAUAUCCCCCAAGUGCAGCACUCAUAUUUUCACCAUAGGAGCCAAUUCAUUCGUAUGGGGAAGCAUCAAAUAACGUGAUUGGCAACAGCAAGAAGAUUGGUAUUAAAUCAGCCUUCUGAUCUCUGAGGGCAAAGUCUGUCGUUAACUGUGCAGCCUUAUACUUAAGUUCUGUUUCUUACAGUGGAAUCCUAAGCAGAGGUAGCCUGUUCGAAGUCCACUGAAGUCUAUGGUCUUAGA